GCGCGGCGCCUGGGUGCCGAACCGCCGCUGCGCCUGCUGGUGCAGAACCCGUGCCUGCCGGACGGCGACGACCAGGCCGACGACGACCGCUUCCUCGAGAUCCCCAUCAAGUCUGCCAAGCAGUCGACCACGGCGGCCGCCGAGGCCACCGCGGCGGACCCUGUCCUGCGGCAGCAGGAGCCGCCCGCGGCCAAAGAGGACGCCUCCGGGUCCGAG